CUCAAUUCACAGUGACUGGAUCUGGUCAUCCUGUCACUGCAGUUGUGGGAGACACCAUUGUAUUACCCUGUCACCUGUCCCCCAAUAUGAGUGCUGAGAACAUGGAGGUGAGAUGGUUCCGCUCCGAGUUCAAUUCAUUUGUGCACCUGUACCAGCGUGGGAAUGAUGUAUAUGGGCAACAGAUACCAGAAUACCAUGGAAGAACGGAGCUUUUGAAAGCCAACAUCAUGGAUGGGAAUGUUGCCUUGAAGAUUGUCAAUGUCAAGCCCUCUGAUGAAGGACAGUACCACUGUUUUGUUCAAGAUGGUAUAUUUUAUGAAGAAGCCCUGUUGGAACUGAAGGUAGAAGCCUCAGGCUCUGCACCUCACAUCUCUGUUGAUGGUCACCAGGAUGGAGGGAUCCAAGUGGUGUGUCAGUCGGCUGGAUGGUAUCCAGAACCCGACGUGCUGUGGAGAGAUUCAACUGGGCAGUCUUUAUCGUCAUCAACUGAAACAAAAUCCAAGGAUGAACGUGGGCUCUUUGAAAUAAAAAAUUCUAUCAUUAUAACAGAAAAUUCAAACCAGAAUUUAUCUUGUUCUAUAAGAAACACCAAUCUGAGACAAGAAAAGAAAUUAAUAACUUUUUAUAUAUCAGAUUCCUUUUUUCCAAGAGUCUCUCUGUGUAUGGUGGCUAUAAGUGUGAUCCUGGUGAUUUUGUUGGUAUUCAUCAGCCUUACUGUUUUUCUAUUCUACUUAAGAGGGAAGCAACUUGAUGCUAUCAGUAAACUUCACACCGAGUUAGACUGGAGAAGAUCCCUUAGUGACUCAGCUGAUGUCCAUCGUCGUCCUCCUCCUCUUGCUCCUCCUCCAGAAGCUCAGGCCAGGCGACCACGGGUGUCUCUAAGCCCGAGUCCACCAGAAUGUGUGGGAGAGGGAAAGGGCUUCCCCACCAUCCAGUAUCUGGUGAAGGUCUUG